GAGAAAGUGAAAGCAGCAGCAGAGGCCAUAGAAGUGUGGUGACUGCUUGAGAGGCUGAUGGCAGUAAAGCUGCCAUGGUUUGGCUGUCAUGACCGCUCUCAUUUGGAUGCUCACAUGGCUGCCUCAGGUCUUGCCAGACAUUCUCCAGGUCCUCUGAAACUCUGCAGGACUUAUUUCCACCCUGACCAGUCAGCGGUACCGUGGCGAACGGUCCCUAACUGCGGGGAGAACGGAGCAGGCUUCCCCACAGGUCCGCUGCUUUUCCCGGUCCCUCUUCUCCGCUACACUUUGACAUAUACCCACCCAGCCAACAGCCUGUCCGUGGAGAACGGUCCCUAACUGCGGGGAGAACGGAGCAGGCUUCCCCAGAGGUCCACCGCUUUUUUGCUGGAGUUCCUCCAACAUUUGCGCUAUGAGUAAACUCCCCCAACCUAUCAACUUGACCCUGAACUCAAGCCAUUUCAAUCAUCUUCUGAAAUGGGAGCCUGGACCAGGGACACCCACAGGAGUCUACUACAGUGUCACCGUUAAGGCACAAACGGGCACUUCCUGGAUGCCAGUGGCUGGCUGCGAGCAUGUCCAACAUCCACUGGUUUGCAACCUUACAGAGGCCUUCUCUGAGCCAGAACAGGUCUACUUCACCCGGAUUGAAGCCCUGCUGAAAACACAGGACUCACAAGAAGUAGUCCUCCCAGGAUUUCAACCCAUUAGAGACACUCAGCUGGACCUGCCAUGGCUGACUGUGACACCCUGUGGCAAAGAUUUGUGUGUGGACCUUCAGCCUCCUAUGGGGCACCUUAGGGAGUACUAUGAUUCUCUGAAUUACAAACUCAGGAUCAGGAGCAACAAUGCAAAUGGAGCUCAGUUCUUUGAGGACAGCAAGUCUCUGAAAAGGAAGAUUUUGAAGGAUCUGGCCUCCGGCAGACAGUACUGUGUCUCAGUCUGCUUCUUAGACAGUCACGUGCCAAGGGAGUCUAACUACAGCCAACCUGUGUGUGCUGUCACCGCUGGCUACUAUACUGCAGACCCGUUGAUCUCAGCCUUGUUGUGUUUGUUGGUGAUAUCUGGUGUGGGUGUUGUGGCCCUGCUGAUCUCUACUGGUUUUAUCUGUCUGAGAAAGAGGCCCCUGCCAUCUGUCCUGACAACCAUCCAUCACAUAGAGGAGCGUCUAGUCGCUGCAUCCUGCAGCACAUCCCUCUCUUCUCUCUGGAAUAUUAAACCAACACUGCCCUCUUCAGGUGAAAAGAGGAGCACCCACACAUCAGAUGAGAGUGAUGGGGAGAGUGUUACUGAGAUCACUGGAGGGAGCACAGGAGGAGGUUACAAACUGCGGUUGGGUGCUGACUUCCACUCUUCCUCCUUUUCGUCUUCAUCAUCUCUGUCAGCUCCUUUAUCCCCAAAGCCUGAACUACUGCAGAGUUUAAACCAAGCAUCAGACUUCCUCAGUCCCCAGCCUGAAUGUUCAACAGAGACACAUUCCAUUGCUGGAUUGAGGGAGCCACUGAGUGCAUACACAGCCUUACACUUUGAUUCUCUCCCCAAAACUGAUCAGGGUUCAGAUCCCUGUCCUGCAGAUGCAGACGAAUUGACUGUAAGGAUAAUUCAGUCAAAUGAAGAGGAGAAGGAUGUGGUGGGAGAGGAGGACAACCAGGAUGUGAACCUACUCUCAUUAACCUUUGGCAGGCCUGAGGAGGGGGAAGAAGAGGAGGAGGUGGAGAAAUCCCAUUGUGACUUGGCAGAGUUAUCCUCUGCUUUAGAGGUGUACAACACAAUCGUAACCCUGCCCUCACUUGACAGGAACACAAAGGAAGUUGCUAUAGAAACUGUUUCCUGCACUGUUGAUGAAGAGGAGGGAGAGCACUCUGGAUAUAUGGUGCGUCCAUGUCAAUAUGUCUUAGAGAACUUAUUUUAGAAGUCUUGGGGAUAGAAGUUACUCUGCGUCAUGUCUUUUUACAUUUUCAUAAAAAACAAUGUUACAAAGACAGACUGUAAAGCUCAUGUAGCAGCACUGUUAUAAAUACAUUUCAUUCACUCAGUCUAGAAACUGAUCUCUCAUAUGCUGAUGAGGAAUUGGCCUUACAGGGUGUACAUACUCUUCCCACAAGUAUAGUUUGUGGUGAUGAUGGGCCUCAUGCAAGAACCACACAUAUACAAAUGUUUGCUCUUAAGUGGCAUGUACAAAUUAUUUUGAAGAACUUGUGACAUUAUUCAGUUUUCUUGUGAUUAGUAUGUUUUCUUAGACACAGAAUUGUUGUUCAAGUCAUGAUCAGAUCAUCUGCCUGUGGUGGCCUGUUGUUAAACUCUGUCACCUUUAUGGGGCUUUGCUUCUUGACUCGUAAUCUAUUUCAGUGGCUCUCAGCCCCUUUAGUGUUAUAACAAUCUGCUUAAAAUUUUAAGCCUAGUUUUUUUGGUCGUUGUUGUUUUUUGUUUUUGAAAAAGUGAAAUCCUAAAGCGACUGUGGUAAUAAUGACUUGGGUAAGAGAAGGGCAGCAAAAUUAUUGGGCAGCCUUUAAUUCCCGCAUGAUACUACCAAAAGAAAGUACUUAAAGAAAAUUUUAAUGAAGCUUGAACAGUUUAUUGAGGUAGCAACUCCCCCUUCCCAAAUAAGAGUGCAAGUAAAAAAAAAAAAACUGGAGAAAUGACCACUAUAGUAAAUUGUCCUUUUUGUCCAAUUCAAGUCUUCCUUACUGAAAGCACUCCAAGCAAUAAAAGGAAUGCUCAAUGUCCUGUCUUUAAAAUGCAAAACUAAAAACCAGGAAAAAGCAAAGCACUGCAAAUCAAAAAAGUCCAAAAUGAAUCAAACUCAUUGGCUGUAGAAUCAAGAAAAUAAGUAAUCCAGCCUUAGCCUGAUGACUCUACCAAUCUUUAUUGUCCUCCAUACACACUUGUUUCACUGCAAUCCGUCAAGGUAUCACCAUAAAAAAGAGUCAACGGGGUCUUUCUCUGUGGCAGGCUGCCCGGCUUCAACCUCACUCCUGUUUUCUCCUCACCUUACAAAAUCAAAAUCCCUCACCAAACUGUUCCCCUCUCCUUUGUUCCCUAGGCCAAUUUUCAACCAAUGUCCUCAUCAGAAAAUUGAUUGAAUCAGUGUAGUCAGAUUAAAAAUGUCAUUAUUGCAACUUACACUUAAGAUCUUUGGGGAGUUGAUAAACUAUAUAUUUUUGGAAAGUUUGGAGUAUGACAAACUGCAAAUCCAAAUUUUUCCAUGUUUUUGAAAGUGUAUGUGGUGGUCAUUUUGGACUUUCAAAAAUAAGGAGCAUCCAUAACUUGUUUUUAGCUGGAUCCUUCAUGAUAUAUCAAAAUGGCUUUCUGACUAAAGUGGAUAAUUGCAUAUUUUCCAAGCACAGGAAGCAAAUGGGACCUUUUGCAUUACACUAAAAAUAGAAUUUGAUGAAUGUUAGUCACCACAGUAGCCAUUUCAGCCAUGGAGUGAGGCCAUUUUCCCGAGGCUUUAAAUAAAGUAAAUGAAUGAAUGAAUGAACCUUUUAAGACUGGGGUGUAUAGACUGACCUUUAGUAACGUCUAGGAUAAUCAUAGUGAGAUGAAGCUUUACAGCCACAAACUAGAGACCUUGGGCAUUGAGAGGAUGUAUGGUUGUCAUAGGUAUAUUGACAGGAAGGAAGUUUCUCGGUAGUUUCUAGAACACAAGUGCUCAUAAUCCAGUAGCCGUAAAAUGCAGUUCUUGCAGAAAUCUCCAAACAUCAAAAACCAAUAAUGCUCACUGGCAUAGCAAGUGUUAAGUUCGAUGACACCUUUGAAGUUCACAUGCAGUGUGCUAAAGACUGUUAUCAGCAUUUCCUGUCCACUGCAAGGACAAGGUGUGUCUCAAUAAUUGUUGUUUUUCUUUUUGUUUUGUUUUGUUUUGUUUUGUUUUUUUCUUUUU